CCGAGACUGAACUCCUCAUCCGGCCAGGUCAGAGAUGCAGCAUUCACCGAUAUGUUGAACCUCAACAAGGCCCUUUCCUUCGCGUUGGCCGCUGGCCUCGUGCGGGCCACCGCACUAAACGUCAACACUACCACCACCAAGUACUUUGGUAACGACGCCCCCUGGUACCAGGACCGCAUCCCUCUCUUUGAGACCGACCAGUCCGUGCUCCAGGACGUUUACUAUUACCGCUGGGGGGUCUUCCGCGCCCACCAGCGCGAUCUCGGCGCCGAAGGCUAUCUGACGACCGAGUUCCUCAACGACGUGAGUUGGCAGGAGAGCCCGUGGGCACUGCUGAUCGAUGCCUCCAAUUUUCACCUGCGCGAGGGCCGCUGGUCGCGCGACCGGCGCUUUACCAGCGACUAUGGCAACUUCCUCUUCGGCCCCAACGGCAUCAAGAACCAGUUCUCCGAGUCCCUCGCCGACGGGGUGUGGCAGGUCUACCUGGUGGACGGGGUCGCCGACGACGCCACAGCCCACCUCUCGGCCAUGCAGGACUUCUUCCAGAGCUGGAACUCAACCACCCUUGGCGUCGGCGGCUACGACUCGUCCAAGGGCCUGUACUGGAUCCAACCGUUGACCGACGCCACCGAGUACACCAUCGCCAGCAUCGACGCGACCAACGGCACCGACGGGUUCACGGGGGGUUACGCCUUCCGGCCCAGCAUCAACAGCUACCAGUUUGCCAACGCGCGCGCGAUCGCCCAGCUGGCCACGCUGACCGGCGACACCGCCGUGGCCGACCAGUACACCGCCUACGCCGACACGCUGCAGCGCCUCGUGCAGGCCGACCUCUGGAACAGCACGUUCGCCCACUUCAUCGACCGCUACGAGGUGAACAACGAGUACGUCACCUACUGGGACUUCAUCCGCGGCCGCGAGCUGGUCGGCUAUGUGCCCUGGGCGCACGACUUGCCCGCCGACAACGCCACCUACGCGGCCGCCUGGAGCCACGUGCUGGACUCGGACCUGCUGGCCGGGACGCACGGCCUGCGCACCAACGAGCCCAGCUACCAGUACUACAUGGUGCAGUACCGCUACGACGGCACCCAGCCGGAGUGCCAGUGGAACGGGCCGGCCUGGCCCUACCAGACAACGCAGGUGCUCACCGGGCUGGCCAACCUCCUCGACCACUACCCCACCACCGCCGCCACGGGGAUCAUCGACCAAGCCGACUACACGCAGCUCCUGCUGCAGUACGCCCGGCUGCACUACAACCCAGCCCGCGGCGGCAUCCUCGACCUGGAAGAGGACUACUACGCGGACACCGGCAGUCCGAUCGUCGGGCUGACGCGCUCGCCGCACUACUUCCACUCCGGGUUCGUCGACGUGAUCCUGUCGGGCUUCGUGGGGAUCCGGCCGCGCGCGGACGACGUCCUGGAGGUCAACCCACAGGCCGACGCAUCCGCGGUCUCGUACUUCCGGGCCGAGCGCAUCCUGUACCACGGCCACGAGGUCGCCGUGCAAUGGGACGCGACCGGCAGCCACUACGGCCAGGCCGGCCUGCACGUCGAGGUCGACGGCCAGACGGUCGCCAGCGCGGCGACGCUGACCCGGCUGACGGCCAACAUCACCCGCGUCGCGCCGCCGACCGUUGACCGGCCCAUCGCCGUCUCGGUGCAGCUGGGGACCACCACGGAGUACCCGGCGGGCAGCGUCUCGGUCGCCGGGGCGGACGCCGACGAGGUCCACGCCGCCAUCGACGGGCGCGUCUUCUUCUACCCGCAGACCGAGGUGGCCAACGGAUGGGAUAGUCCGGCCGGCAACGGCACGGAGAUCUGGUUCCAGAUCGACUUUGGCAGCGCGACGCAGACCGGCCGCGCGGAGAUCGCCUUCUUCGCGAACGCCACGCAAGGGUACGCGGUGCCCACCUCGUACCGGGUGGAGCAGUUGACCGGGGCGGCGUGGACGGCAGUGUCCAAUGCGACGUAUGCCAAGCCAGUGGCUAAUGGAAUUACGGAUGUUGCGUGGCAGACGGUGCAGACCAGCAAGGUCAGACUGGUAUUUACGCCCGCGGCCGGGGAGCAGGUGCGGUUGGUGGAGUGGAAGGUUUUCAGCAGUUGAUGGGUGGAUUGUGGUUGUCAUCCAGUUAUACUUGUUUUGUGUUUCUGCUGCUUGGACUUCUUUUGCAAAGAUCUCGAAUCCUUUCCCUGUAUGAUUUAUGUCAAUCGUGUCGAAUAUUAUAUUCUUU